AUGUUUAACGACAAGAUUCUUAAUACGCCACUGGAUGUCGCGGAUCCGGAACUGGCUGCGCUUGUCGAACAAGAGAAACAAAGACAAAUACGCGGAAUUGAAUUGAUUGCGUCGGAAGAAUUCACAAGUCGUGCAGUUUUGGAUUGUCUUGGUUCUUGUCUGACGAAUAAAUACAGUGAGGGGCAACCAUUAGCUCGCUAUUAUGGAGGAAAUGAAGUCAUCGAUAAAAUUGAAUUAUUGUGUAAAUCCCGGUGCCUUGAAGCAUUUUCUCUUGACAAGAAUGUUUGGGAUGUCAAUGUUCAACCAUACUCUGGAUCUCCAGCCAACUUUGCUGUUUAUACAGGUCUUCUCCAACCUCAUGAUCGAAUUAUGGGUUUGGGACUCCCUGAUGGCGGUCAUCUUACUCAUGGAUUCUAUACCCCCAAGAAAAAGAUUUCAGCAACGUCCAUCUUCUUCGAGUCUCUUCCUUAUCAAGUUAGCGAAAAAACAGGAUUAAUUGAUUUCGAAAAUCUUCGGAAUACAGCUCUAAUCUUUCGUCCCAAGUUGAUCAUUUGCGGAGCUUCAGCGUAUGCAAGGGAAAUUGAUUUUGGGAUGUUUCGAAAAAUUGCUGAUGAUGUUGGAGCAAUGUUGAUGGCCGAUAUCGCCCAUAUUGCUGGUUUGGUAGCUGCUGGUGUUCAUCAGUCUCCUUUCCCUCAUUGUGAUGUCGUCACUACAACAACACACAACUUAAGAGGGCCUCGAAGUGGACUGAUUUUUUUCAAUAGGGAUCGAUUAGGGAGAUGGAAAGAUAAAAUCGAUCAAGCAGUCUUCCCAGGGUUACAGGGCGGCCCGCAUAACCACCAAAUAGCAGCUAUAGCAACGCAAAUGAGGGAGGUAAAAAGGUCGCAAACACCAGAAUGGACCGUUUAUGCCAAACAGGUUGUGGCGAACGCACGCGCUUUGGCGAAGCAUUUGCUUGGACGAGGACAGACUCUCGUGACGGGAGGAACCGACAACCAUUUGAUUCUUUGGGACUUGCGCCCCCUUGGGAUUACCGGAUCCAAAUUCGAGAAAUUAGCAGAAGCUGUAGGAAUUUCGCUCAAUAAAAAUACAGUUCCGGGAGAUCAAUCAGCGCUGAACCCCAGCGGUGUCCGAAUUGGGACUCCUGCAAUGACAACAAGAGGAUGUUCGGAAAGUGACAUGGUGAUGAUUGGAGAUAUUUUGAUUGAUUGUGCAAACUUAUGCGUCGAGAUUCAAGGGACAUCUGGGAAGAAAUUGAACGACUUUUUGGGUGCAAUGGUGUCGCACUCUGGCCUUGCAGCCUUGAGGGGCCGAGUUGAAGAGUUUGCGCUGCAAUUUCAAUAUCCGGGUGUUUGA